UUGAUGGUUGCAUUGACUGGUCAGUGGAUCUCAAGACAUACAUGGCUUUGGCAGGUGAACCAGUCCGAGUGAAAUGUGCCCUUUUCUACAGCUAUAUCAGAACUAAUUAUAGCAUGGCCCAAAGCACAGGUCUUAGGCUUAUGUGGUACAAAAACAAAGGAGAUUUAGAAGAACCCAUUAUAUUUUCUGAAGUUAGGAUGAGCAAGGAUGAAGAUUCAAUAUGGUUUCACUCGGUUGAGUUGCAAGACAGUGGUUUCUACACGUGUGUUCUAAGAAACUCAACGUAUUGCAUGAAGGUGUCCAUGUCCUUGACGGUAGCUGAGAAUGAGUCUGGGCUUUGCUACAACAGCAAGAUCAGAUAUCUGGAAAAAUCAGAAGUCACUAAGAGAAAGACAAUCUCCUGUCCUGAUAUUGAGGAUUACAAGACAGCCGGUCAAGAGCCAGAUGUGGUGUGGUACAAGGAAUGUAAGCCAAAAAUGUGGAGAAGCAUUGUAAUUCAGAAGGGAAAUACUCUGUUAAUACAAGAGGUCCAGGAAGAAGAUGGAGGAAAUUAUACCUGUGAACUAAAGUUUGAAGGCAAGCUUAUACGAAGAACAGUUGAAUUCAAGGUUACUG